AUGGCGUCCAAACCUUUCUCCAAAUCCUUCUUCGCCUUCUACCAAUUUAUUCAACGAAGGCUAGGGAAUCCACCAUGCCAGCACCAUCACCGGCAAAGCACGAGCGGGGUGCCUACCUAUCCUGUUAUCAUCCACGGGUGCCCACUAGCCUUUCAAGUUGAUGAUCACCUUCAGAACCAAGCUCUAGUUCUAGAUAUAGAAGGAGGUCUACUGAGGUCUUCAUCUCUUUUCCCUUACUUCAUGCUUGUUGCCAUAGAGGCAGAAGUACAAUCAAGAGUCAUGGUCAUGGUAUGCUUCUUGGGGUUAAAGGAGGAGAAGGUGGCUAGAGUGGCUAGGGCAACGUUGCCGAAGCAUUUUCUAGAGGAUAUAGGGAGGGAAGGGCUUGAGAUAGUGAGAGGGUUCAAAAGGGUGGUAGGAUUGAGUAGGAUGAUCCCUAGGAUUAUGGUGGAGGAUUUCCUCAAGGAGUACAUGGGGCUGGAGAUGGUGGUGGGAAGGGAGGUAAAGAUGGUGAGAGGGCGUUAUGUUGGUUUGUUGGAAAUGGAGAGUGAGAGAAAGUUAGGGCUGGAGAAGCUUGAAGGGACAGAGAUGGUAGGGUUUGGAAGCUGCACGGGCUAUUUUAGCCAUGAUUAUCACCAGCUCUUCACUUGUUGCAAGGAGGUUUACUUGGUGACCCCAGAACAAAAGAAACAAUGGUCGACCUUGCCAAGAGACCAGUACCCGAGGCCCCUGAUCUUCCAUGAUGGCAGGCUAGCUUUCAGGCCUACCCCUCAAGCCACCCUAGCCAUGUUGAUGUGGCUCCCGCUUGCUGUCCACCUUACCGUGCUCCGAACACUCGUCUUUGUGAACCUUCCAUACUCUAUCUCCCUCCCAAUUGGGAGUGCGACCGGAAUCACGACCCGGGUCAUCAACUCCCCAAUCUCUGGCAAUGGUUGCACAAACCAUGGAGCUCUUGCCCAGCCCAAUCAGCGGGGUCACCUAUACGUAUGCAACCAUCGCACACUCCUCGACCCAGUUUACAUCUCAGUGAUGCUGAACAAGAAGGUGUCAGCAAUGACAUACAGUGUCAGUUGUAUCAGUGAGCUCUUGUCACCCAUCCGGACCAUCCGACUGACUCGAAACAGCGAUGAGGAUCGCAGGAGAAUGGAACCCUUGCUGCAGAAGGGGGACCUAGUGAUUUGCCCUGAGGGUACCACAUGCAGGGAGCCAUACCUGCUCCGGUUCAGCCCGCUAUUUGUCAAGCUCGUCGAUGAGGUAUACCCAGUGGCACUGAUGAACUGGUCCAAUAUGUUCUACGGAACGUCUACUGGCAGGUCCAAGUACCUAGACCACUUCUACUACUUCAUGAACCCACAUCCAGCGUACGUUGUCCAGUUCAUGGAAAGGAUGCCAACCCAUGUGGUGACCAACGGCAGGAGAUGCGAGAGCUAUGAGGUGGCAAACAUGGUGCAGAGCGAGAUUGGUAGGGCUCUUGGGUUUGAACCCACUAAACUAACUCGCAAGGACAAAUACCUGAUUCUAGCAGGAAAUGAAGGGGUUGUGGAUGCAAAGCAGUAA